AUGGUAUUUACUACGUCUGAGAACCCAGAGGAUCAGCCGACCACUGGGGUCUUUGGCCGAAUCGGGAGCUGGUUCUCUCCAUGGAAGGGAAAAAGUCCAAAGGUUCCUACAGAAAAUUCCUUGCCAACUAGUGAUCAGGCUGUUAAGUUAGAGGGAGAAGAGGAGAGUGAGCAGUCUGUGACACGGCAGGCAAGGGAACAACGGUUGGAGGAAGAAAAGGAACACCGCUCCAAUCCUAAUUCUCUGGGUCUCCGCAGAGACACUUUCUUCUGUGAAGAGGAGGACGCCACGCAGUCUGCCCACAGGGACGGCUUCGUUGUGAGCAGCAGUGAGCCAGGAGAAGGAGGUCCAAAAGAGGAGGAGUUUGUGGCGUGCAGAAGUAGGAGAACAGGGCAGGGCAAGGAGAGGGAGGAGAGUAGCAACGGUAAUUUGGUGAGUGGGAAUCCAGAGAAUGCCAGUCAUCUGACACAUCUGUCUUCCUCUUCUGAGCAAGGCGUGGUAUGGGAUUCUGACCAGGUUCAUACCAAGCCUCAGGCCCAGAAACAAGCACAGGCUCAGGCAGGCAAGAGGCUCCAUGUGUACCUGGAGGAGACUAGUGUGAUUCAAAGCGGCACAGACACCUGUGCUAGACAGGAAGUGGUCCGUACCAAAGUCAAUAAAAGCUUACAGAUUCCCCCUAAGGCAAAGUCAUCCACAAGUCUUGAAUCAUCAUAUAGCUUAAGUUUAACAAGCACAGAGAACAAAAAGCCAAAUGUGAGGCUCCCUGGUGGGACACAGGGUUAUUACAGUGCCCUAGCAGGAGUGUCACUGAAAUCACACAAAGACUUACGGUUAGAGACUGAACCUGAUCAAGAACAAACAGAGGCAGACAGCAUGGGGCGUAAAAACGCAGCCAGAAAAAAAUCCAAGAAGAACUUUCAGGGAGAUGCAGGGAGCACCCCCCAGGAAGAAAUACCCUCCAAUGCACACCCUGUCCCAGAGGGAUUCCCUACAUCAGAUGACUCAAUGAACAAUCCUCAGGGCAAAAGUCCAACUCACAUGGGAGAGUCAUCAGUUAACUCCUCCUCCAAACACAACCCCACCUUUCAAGCCUCACCUGCAGGAGGGAAAAGUAAGACUUCCUGCCCUGACACGGUCAAGCAUUCGGACAACUUCCAGGACUCAGUCACUUUGGCAUGUGUGGUUGAUGGGGGUACAGACAUGGAGGAUGAUUAUAGCUUUUACAAAGUGGAAAGGAAGACAGAGACACCAGAGUCCAAACGCAGGAGUAUGAAGGUUUCUUUGAGUGAGGUGAAGUUUUUUACAAAGAAUGUGCCUUUGAAUGCUGAAGAAAGUCCGGCAGGAGACGACCAGGAUUUUAAGUCAGCAUUAAAAAGUACCAAAAAUGAAGUAAAGGAUAAGCCCAAAACAGAGAUUCAUGCAAGACUACAAGAUCUUGAAAAACUUGACGAGGAGCCUAAACCUGCUGUUGGCAGGAUUGGAGAUAAGAUCAGCCUCUUUGAGCGCCAGGCGGCAGGGGGCCUCAAGCAGACCUUCCAAAGCCCAAGGAGUGCUGAUGUCUCCCCAGUCAGGAAAGCCACUGAGAGGGUGAAAAAAGACUUUGAGUUGUCAGAUCAGAGGUCAAAAUCAGCUGAACGUUACAGCACUGCUAGCUCCAGGUCUGAAUCACCUGUCGGGGAGAAACCAAUGACGAUCAAGGAGCGAACGAGGAACUUUCUAAAAGCAUCUUUACCAGCUGAGAAACCAGCACUACCUCAAAAGCCAGCCAUGACAGGAAUGUCUCAACAGUCUUCCUCGUCUGUGACAGUUGCUGCAUCAAAGUCACCAGAACUGGACAGUCAGGGUAAACGGGAUACUAAAGAGAAGGUAGAGACAAUGGCAAUGUCAGAGAUAACAUUAAGACCAGAUAGACAGGAUACCGCUAUUGUGGGGGUAAAGAUUUCCAUUCCUAAAGAACAACAUACAGAGUCCAAAGUAAAGCAAACAGAGACCUCAAAAACAACAGACCAAGGUACAAAAUCAGAUGCUCCAGCUAAAGGGACAGGUGAUUCUGCAGAGCUGACUAACAAUGUAAGCCUACCGGUCAAUCGCCGUAGCAGAUCAGGCUCCCGUUCUAAAAGAAGGAAAAGCAGAGAACCAGCCAGUCCCCUCAGCCCAAACAGCCAAAACAAGGCAGACCAAUUUAGUAGUACACAAGAGUUCACUGCUGUAAAACAACAGGGGGAUGAUACAGAGGAGACUGUUUCAGCCUCCAAAGAUUUCACAGAAAAAGUAUCAUUACCAGUCGAUAAAGCAGAAGGAAAUACAUCAGAUAAACAGCCUGUUUCUGAUACCAAACAGCAAACAUUUAAAAAUGAACUGGAGGUAUUAGGCAAGCAGAAAAAACAGUUAGAUUCUUCAUCUAAAAAAGACAAACUGUCCAACAGACAGGAAGGAUUACCUGAACCAUCUGUCAACAAAGAUGAACCUGAUACUGCUCCUUCUAGCAGAGGGACAAAGAAACCUAUUGACAAGGUUCCUAUUAUUUUACCCCAAAAGGAGGAAAAGGCAGGGGGAAACAGCCUCUCAUUCACUAAAGAGGGUAAAAAUGCCUCCAAAGACAGCAGAGAAAUACCAUCCUCCUCCCCCUCAUCUUCAUUUGAACGACUUGUUGAGAAGACUCCUUCAGUGGAGAAAGACCCACAUGUUGAAGCCCCCAAAACAGAUAAAGAAUUCUCAAGGCAAUCUGAAUCAAAAAGUAAAGUAAAAGCGGGGCAGCCCAGUAAAAAAGACACAGGGCAAACACAGCAACAGCAAAACAACAACACAGAACUAAUAAAUCAGACUGAGGCCAGAGAAAAAUCCAAAAUAACAGAGAAGGAAAAAACAAAUCAGAGUGAGAACCAAGGCAACGAAGAACAACAACAGCUCUUGCCUUUAAAUAAAAAAAAACCAAAAGGCGAGGUUUCACAAAAUGUACAAGGUAUCUCAGGGACAGAAGGAAGCAUUGUGAGGGAUGAUCAGGAAAACAAUGCUGCAACAAAGGAAGGAGCACAGCCUGUCAGAGGCAUAACAACAUCAGAAGCCAGCCGGCCAGAACCAGCCUCUCAGUCCUCAGACAGUAGAGUUGGAUCAUCGGACCUCCCCGCUCCAACACAACACAUAAAUCAGACGGUGCCUAAACACCCAGAAAACACUGCUGUUUGUGCCCAGGCUGGAACCAAGAGUGAGAGAGGGCCAUCCAAGGGAGAAAAGGCAACAAAUGGGCCUGAGUUGCAAACAACAUCUACAGAAAGUCCUGGAACAGAGGCAGGGCCAGUGGUGAUUGCAGCCGAACCGCAGCCUAAUUCUGUAUCUGUGGAAAAAACAGAGAAUUCAGCCGAUGACUCACAUACACAUGGAGCUAAUGAUGCUGAGUUCUCUAGUUCAAAACCUAUUACAAAGGCAAAUACAGCAGUUGAAGAAGCGACCCUAAAAGUUGCUAAUGACACUCCAGUACUGAUUACUGCACAGACUGACAAUAUGGCAGAGAAAAGCUCAUCUGUUAAAGAGCCUACUCCUAUUUCUGUGUCUAAGUCUGUGAGCAGUGAGGUAUCAGGCCAGGAUGAUGGAAAUAAAAGAUCAGUUGACAAGUUAGUGGCCUCAAAAGUCAAAAUCUCAGCAGGUAAAAUGAAAGCAGGGCUUAGCCAAGCACAGUGUGAAGAAACAAAAACUACAGGAAGCAUAAAUGAUAUCACUUCAUUCAAGGGCUCAGAAAAAAUAACACACAGCUCUCCUGGCAAAGUCAAAAAGGAACCAGCCAAUAUAAAGCCUAAGCAGAUUCUAAAAGAGCUCCCUUCCUCAAAGGCUAAUAAGCUGAUCCUAGACUCAAUCCAGCAUUCCAUGAAGAGGUUCAAUUUGCCACGAGGACUAAGCAAAGAUGAUUCAGCAUUGCGGCAAGAUGCCCCUUCUAGCUGGCUGGAUGUGGACUUUCCAAAACAGAAACGUAAAGUCCUGAAGCCAAAACUGAGUUCCUCUGGGAGUGAGAGCAAUCUUCUGGACACUUCUGGUGAGCUAGAUGAUAAUGAUUUUGUUGAGAAAAUCAAGAAGCUUUGCUCUCCCUUCUCUCUACCGCCUCGUAAACACAACCACCUCCGGCCCCCUCAGCCCCCCUUUGCGAUGCCGGCUAUCAAGGAAGACCACUUUGAGAAGUCGUUUGACCCUGAGGACUUCAAGUUUGGCUUGAGGAAGAAUAAUUUCGUCUUAGAUACAUCCACAAACCUCUUUGACAAGCUCCACAACACAGAGGUGAAAGCUGGUGUAAGGCCUGUCAGGGCUAGUUUAGCAGACAGGAGUAUAUUGCUCAGUAGCUUGGACACCAACUCUCGCCUCAAGGAUAAGACCCCCGUCAAUGAUGAGGAGGGUGUCAAGGAAGAGAAAGAUGAACAUUUUAAAGUGAAGUCUCGCUUAGAGGGGAGCUGUGUCUUCAGCGGUCUCACCAGCUCUAGCAUUAGAGGGAAGAAAAAUGGAGCAGAAAGCCCCAAAUCUGAGGUUGGGUCACCCACUGAAGCCCCCCUGCCCAGCACUCCAAUUUUAUCCCAGCCACCCCUGCCGAGCCCGACUGACACAGCUUUACUCAAAAACACACUGUCCAAGCAGAAUCUUGCCCCAGGCAAAAGAGAGGAAGCCCAGGCUGUGGAGGCAGUGGUCAGUGACUCAUGUCCUCCACUUCCCUCCUUCGACAACAUCAAACUGCCAGACUAUUUAGAGAAGUACCUCCCCCGAGAACCAGUGAAACCAGUGCAGAAUAUACAAGGACCGGAGCAAGUCAAAACGGAGGUUACUGGAAAAAUGACAAGUCCAGUCCCUGUAGUUGAAGCAGACCUGCUUGUAAAACCAGGACUGGUGUUUCCUGAUGCUGUGUCUUUUCCUGGGAUUCCUCCAACCGCAGUUCCAAUACUCCCUGAGAUUAAACAGCCUUCGUCUCAGCCGUCGGGGAUACUUAGUGAUAAUAUAAGAACCGCCAGAGGGUUUCACAAGCGUCGUGGAAAGAUGGUGUUGUUCGAGAAAGCUCACUUCUGUGGCCAAGCUUAUGAUAUUUACGGGGAUGUAGCAGAUGCUACAUCUCUGCAGUUCUCACCCCUCAUAUCCGUGAAGGUCAUUAGAGGAUGUUGGGUGUUGUAUGAGAAGCCUGACUUCCAGGGACGCCUCAUUGCCUUGGAGGAAGGCGGUAUAGAAUUGGCAAAUGAGUGGGCAGACUCUGGGCUGGAGACAGACCCAGACAACCAGCCAAUGGUGAUUGGCUCUAUUCGACUGGCUGUCUCUGAUUACAACAUCCCCCAUAUUGAUCUGUUUACUGAACCAGAGGGACACGGCAGAGUAACACCGUACCAUGACGAUGCAAUAGAGACGGGUUCAUUUGGCAUCCCUCUGAACACUGCUUCCAUCCAAGUGCACUCGGGGGUGUGGCUGGUGUUCAGUGAUCCGGGGUUCGAGGGCAUGCUUGCUGUGCUGGACAUAGGAGAGUACCCUUAUCCUGAGACCUGGGGCUUCCCAUCACCAUUCAUAGGAUCUCUCAGACCACUUAAAAUGGGUGGUUACAAAGUGGAGAAUCCCAAUGAAGUCAAGGUUGUGAUGUAUGAGAAGGCCGACUUUGAGGGCACCUGUUUGGAAAUCGACAGUGAGGUUUUCAGCUUUUGUGACAGUGAAGGAGACUUUGAAGCAGAAGAAGCAAACCUUGACUCAAAGGAGCUGACGUCUGUGGGUUCCUUAAAGGUCAUCGGAGGACUCUGGGUGGGCUACAGCCAGCCAGGAUUUGAGGGCCAGCAGUACAUCCUAGAGGAAGGAGAGUACCUGGACUGCAAUGACUGGGGAGGCUCGGGGCAGCUUCUGUCACUGCGACCAAUACUGUCUGAUUUCAUGUCUCCACAUCUCAAAAUGUUCAGUGACAGAGAUUUCGGUGAGCUGGGAGUUAACAUUGAUGUGAGGGUGCCUCUUAUCAACAUGGAUGACACAGGUUAUGGCAUGAAGACACAAUCUAUUGACGUCAUCAGUGGUGUCUGGGUUGUGUUUGAGGAGCCUGGCUUUUGUGGGGAAUGCUAUAUCCUGGAAAAAGGUCUGUAUGGUAGCCCGGAGGACUGGGGGGCGCUACAGCCUAGAAUUGCCUCAGUGAUGCCUGUUGUGGUGGAUGAUUUUGACAACACAGCCAAGUUCAAGGUGCGACUCUUCUCUGAACCAGGUUUUCAAGGCUCUGUCCUCGCUCUGGAGGACAGUGUAACCUCCCUGCAGGAAGGUUUCUCCGUGGCCUCCUGCAAGGUUCUGGCGGGCAGCUGGCUGGCAUUUGAGGGCCAAGACUUCACCAGCACAAUGUAUGUGUUAGAAAUGGGAAACUACCCGGACCUGAGAGCAAUGGGCUGUGUCAGUGAAAGCUCUUCCAUCCUGUCAUUACAGCCUGCUGGCUUUGAGUUUUCACUGCCAUCCAUCACUCUUUUUGAGCGCUGUGGCCUGCGGGGGAAGAGGGUGGUUCUGAGAGACGGAUCAGUCAACCUUCAGCUGGCUGGAGGCUGUGGCAGAGUCCAGUCUGUGCUCGUGGAAGGAGGCAUAUGGAUAUUAUAUGAGGGAAUCAACUAUCGGGGUGCUCAGAUGAUGCUGAAACCUGGUGAGGUGCUCGACUGGCGUGAGAUAAGCAACUGGAAGAAAAUUGGAUCCCUCCGCCCUCUUCUACAGAGGCAAGUGCACUUCCGUUUAAGGAAUAGACAGUCGGGGCUCGUGAUGUCACUGACCGGAGAUUUGGAUGAUAUCAAACUGCUGCGGAUUCAAGAAACGGAAGAGAUGGAUGGUUUCGAGCAGAUCUGGUACUACCAUAACGGGCAUAUCCGCUGCAAGCUGCUGGAGGAGUGCUGUCUGAGUCCCAGUGGCAGUGUGGUCAUCGCAGGAGGCCGUGCAGGUGUCACACCGGAGCAAGACAACCAAGAACACUUCUGGAGCAUCACGCCAGAGGGCUUUAUUUUCUACACCCCCACCUCUGAUCUGGUCCUGGAGGUGAAAGGGGGCAAUCAUUAUGACAAAAACCAAGUGAUUCUCAACACUAUUGAUCCAAAUAAACUCACCCAAAGUUGGAAUGUGGAGAUUAUAUAAUACACUGAGCUGCUGAACUGGAUCACUAAUAUUAUCAAACGAACAGCUCUACUGGAGGCUAUGUUACCGUAUGACGAGUGUUCAAGGACAACUUGCAUCAUCGGAGUGUCUGCUGAACCUUUGCUGCUGGAGGAUUAUAGUUUCCACAGAGGAAGUGAGCAUAGGGAGCGAUGGAAAGAAAUCCGUAAGAAUGUAUAACUACCCACUU